AAGGAGAGUUUUUAUUAUAAUUUAUAAUCAAUCCCUAUUAAUAUACUCCAUCUCCAUCUCAUAUAGAUAAAGUAUUCGUGAAAAACGUGAAACAAAGUUACUGAGAAAUUUAAUUGCAAUUAGCGUUUGAAUUCCACCGUCCACGACCACCACACAAUCUGCUAAACUUCCUCAACUAGCACUAGCAGUCCUUGCGCCUCUGUUUCCCUUAAAUUAACCACCAUUUCAUUUCUUCAAGUCAACAACUCUGAGAGAGAGAGAGAAUGGAGAAAGCAAUCAACAGACAGAGAGUUCUGCUGGAGCAUUUGCGACCCACUUCCUUUUCUCGCCAUAACCCUCAAUCUUCUCUCUCCCAUUCCAUAUGUUCGGCGGGGGAUGGUGGUGCCUAUCAAAGAACAACGGCUUUCGGAGAUGACAUUGUUAUCGUUGCAGCUUAUCGAACUGCCAUAUGCAAAGCUAAGCGAGGGGGGUUCAAGGAUACCCUUCCAGAUGAUUUGCUUGCCACUGUACUAAAAGCGUUGAUCGAGAGAACAAAUCUUAAUCCUGCUGAGGUGGGAGAUAUAGUUGUAGGAACAGUCCUGGCUCCAGGUUCACUCAGAGCUAUUGAGUGCCGGAUGGCAGCUUUCUAUGCCGGCUUUCCUGAUUCCGUACCUCUCAGAACAGUCAAUAGACAAUGUUCUUCUGGUCUCCAGGCUGUUGCUGAUGUCGCUGCCUUCAUAAAAGCUGGAUAUUAUGAUAUAGGCAUUGCUGCUGGAUUGGAGUCUAUGUCGGUAGACAAUGUUGAUAGGUUCAAGUCAGAUAACCCAAAAAAAGAGAGUUUUAUUCAAGCUCGUGACUGUCUCCUUCCAAUGGGUAUUACUUCUGAAAAUGUUGCAGAACGCUUUGGAGUAACUCGGGAAGAACAGGAUCAAGCUGCUGUUGUCUCUCAUCAACGAGCUGCUGCUGCAAGGGCAGCCGGGAAGUUUAAAGAUGAAAUCGUUCCAGUUUCUACUAAGAUUGUUGACCCAAAAACCGGUGAGGCAAAACCUGUUAUAAUCUCAGUAGAUGAUGGGAUUCGACCAACCACAAACAUGAGGGACCUGGCAAAAUUGAAGCCUGCAUUCAAGAGCAACGGAACUACAACAGCUGGAAAUGCAAGUCAGGUGAGUGAUGGUGCAGGAGCUGUUCUGCUGAUGAAACGAAGUUUAGCUAUGCAAAAGGGGCUUCCAAUUCUUGGCGUAUUUAGGAGUUUUGCUGCUGUGGGUGUGGAGCCUGGCGUUAUGGGUAUCGGCCCAGCUGUUGCUAUCCCAGCUGCAGUCAAGUCAGCUGGUCUCGAACUUAAGGACAUUGACUUGUUCGAGAUAAAUGAGGCGUUCGCUUCCCAGUUCGUAUAUUGCUGCAAAAAGCUAGACCUUGAUAAUGAAAAAGUAAAUGUAAAUGGAGGAGCAAUGGCCCUUGGACAUCCCUUGGGAGCUACAGGGGCUCGUUGCGUUGCUACAAUACUUAAUGAGAUGAAACGUCGUGGCAAGGACUGUCGAUUUGGCGUCAUAUCCAUGUGCAUAGGAUCAGGCAUGGGUGCUGCUGCUGUUCUUGAAAGAGGGGAUUGUGUCGACGAACUCACCAAUGCCCGCUCAACUGGUGGAAGCACCUUCUUGUCCAAGGAUGCAAAAUAAUGUACUAUGCUAUGUUUCGCUUUGAAAUAUUGAUAGAACAGGCGUGUGAUUUGUACUAGCAAUCCUUGCAUGCAUCUCUUAUUAAUAAUCGAAAUAUGGUCUUGUGGCAUUUAUCAAAUAGUCACAGAAAAUUUCUCCAUUUGAGGGGACUCCUUUUCCGGAGAUAUCAUUGGUUACUUUGGUUGGUAAUAAAAUAUAGUCACAGAAAGUUUCUCCA